UCCCCCUCUUGUUGUGUAGAUUAUUACAUUUAGCCUCUCUUUAUUGAGCACCGAUUCACUCUUCUCUUACCCUAUCUCCAUACAAGACAUCAAUCCGUCACAAUGGCUCCCAAGAUUGCCAUCGUCUACUACUCCAUGUACGGCCACAUCCGCCAAUUGGCCGAGGCCGAGAAGAAGGGCAUUGAGAAGGCCGGCGGCACCGCCGACCUCUUCCAAGUCGCCGAGACCCUCCCCGAAGAAGUCCUCACCAAAAUGGGCGCCCCCCCCAAAGCGACAGACGUCCCCGUCCUUGACGACCCCGCCACCCUCGAAUCCUACGACGCCUUCCUCCUCGGCAUCCCAACCCGCUACGGCAACUUCCCCGCCCAGUGGAAGGCCUUCUGGGACAAGUCCGGAAAGCAGUGGUCCACCGGCGGCUACUGGGGCAAGCUCGCCGGCCUCUUCAUCUCCACCGCCUCCCUCGGCGGCGGCCAAGAGUCCACCGCCAUCGCCGCCAUGUCGACGUUCGCCCACCACGGCAUCAUCUACGUCCCCUUCGGCUAUGCCAAGGCCUUCCCGCUCAUGGCGGAUCUGUCCGAGGUUCACGGUGGCGGCCCUUGGGGCGCGGGUACCUUUGCUGGUGCUGAUGGAUCCCGUCAGCCUUCGGCGAGGGAGCUGGAGAUUGCUACGAUCCAGGGCGAGGCGUUUUACCAGACUGUUGCCAAGCACGUCGGUUGACUGCAUGGCAGCGAGAGCGCUGGUGCCGCCGUUGCCAACGGGGUGAACGGGUCCGAGAAGCCGGCGGCUGCUACCCCCGCUGUUCCGGCAAAGGAGCCGGCCCCGGCGACGGAGACCCGAAAGGCCCCUCAGGAAUUGGACGACAAGGAUGUCAAGGCCGGACCGUGCGGUCUGCCGAGCAAAUGUGUCGUGCAAUGAAGAAUGGGGUUGUUUUUGCCAUUGUGCUGUUUGAAAUAUCCUGAAAAGAUAAAAAAGAUAAUAAUGAUACCUCACUUACUAU